UGAAUGAAUGUGAGAAUAAGCGGUCAAUUCAAUUUAGUAGAGUUUAAGCCAUCGAACGAAUAAGACACGUUUAAAACCCCAAGCCGGACAAAGUCAGAAUGUUAAAUGGAAAAUUCUUUACGGGCCUUCCGCCUAAAAUGAUAGAACGAGGAGGCGGGACAGCACCGAACCGUUUGGAAUCACAUCUAUUUUGGCCCGACGACACCAAAGCUGAAUCGGCCGUUGAAUGUAAACUUAAACGGCGGAAUAGUGUGCAGCUACAGGCUAGUGAUAAACCCAGCUGUACAAGACAGUUCUCCGUGGGUGGAGACAAUGAUGUGGAUACUAAACGAAGAUUUAGCAAAGAAUUUUCACAAUCUUCAAUACAAUUCUAUGAUAAUUUGAGUGAAAAUAAUCCCGUUCCAAAUAGGAGAGCUCUACUGAGAUCGGGUGUAGGAAAAAAGACAGAUCUAACGGAAAAGCCAACUGCCACCAAACUGCAACUGCCGGAAACAAUUGUCGAUGAAGCCUACACUACUGCCAAACGAAAACAGGCUUAUAUGUCGAAAAUCGAGUUCUAUGACUUUGUGAAUGAACAAGAAGCCGAAGCACAAGCUAAAAUUCAACAAAACAACUUUAGAAAACCCAAAAUGGAUAUGAAUGACAAACGUGAAAUGGAAUUAAAUUCCAAAAAUAGUCCCAAAUUACAAAUAAAACGAGAUGCGCGAAGUCUUAGUGAGGAGAAAGAUAUGCCGAAGAUUAAUAAUCGUAGCACCAAAACAUUGGAAAGGCCAUCAAGACAAAUUAAAGAAGUUAAUUUAUCUAAAGCGAACACAAGGGAAUAUCGCGAAGGCAGAAAUGAAAUUUAUGAUAGAUCUAAUGUAAAAUCGAGGGAAAGAAAUAAUUAUGAUUCACGCUACGACAGGGAACCGGUGGAAACACAGUAUGAAAAUGAUGGGGAUUAUUAUGAAAAACCGAAUAGAUCAGUAUUACCUAGGGAGAGAUUCCAUAGAAAGUAUGAAGAUGAUCGAGAUUUUGGAGAAAAUUCUCAUCAACGUUAUAAAAUCCGUGACCAUUCGGAAGAUUUCGUUGAUGAAAAGCAGUAUAGACGCAUACAAAAUGACACUAAGAAAGAUAUCCGAUCACAGUAUGGCUCUCGAACUAGAAACGAAAUCUUACAUCGUGACGAAGCCGAAAUUGGCGAGAGAAUGAGAAAGGUUCGAAUCGAGUCAUCGCCACCGAGAAGGUACCAUUAUUAUCGCGAUGAGUAUUACGACGAUGAGCGACCCGUUGAGGAUAAUAGACGUACCAGAACAUCUCCUACUAGGGAUAUUACAAAACGUGGAAAUUUGCAACGUCUUUAUGAAAGCAACCCACACGAUGAAUAUGAAGACGAUGCACGUCCCUAUGAAGAUAGCUAUGAAGCUAUGAACAACAAAAGUAGCAGAAAUAUUUGUGACAACAGCCACCAAGCAAACAUUGAUCGAACAACUAAUAAAUUAAAUAAUAAAAUAGCUUCAAGGAGAUUUACUAGAUCUCCCUCUCCAGAAUUGACACAAAAAAGUAGUACACCAGGUGCAUCGCAGUCACCAUCAACGAUGUCGGCUGAUAUAAACAAACCUCGAAAACAUUUGCGCAGUAGUCUAUGUUUUCAUGAUGGUGCAAUUAUAGCUGAGAAUGAUGCGACUCAGUCGCCCACAUCUGAGAAACCAGCAGCGCGUCGUAAUAUUCGCAGCACAGCGACCAAACGGGUUAGUGUAGGUUUGCCGGAUUGAUUGGAUUGGAGUACAACAAACAACAACAGUACACACACACUAUCGUGAAAAUCAUUAAAAGUAGACAACAACGUACGACGCAAGUGGAUAUCGGUGUUCGAGAACUUGAAGUCAGGCGGACAAAAUAAGAUCGCGUCGCAUGCAUUUUAAGUGAGGCUUAAUAAUUUUCCCUCCACUGUAGAGGAGUAUGGUGAUCAAGUGUUUCCAAUAUGGCAAAUAUCAUUGGCCGUGUGUGUUGUGCGCACUCUUGCCCCUCUAGAUUCGUCGUUAACGUAUUAAUUUUUAUUAUAUUCUCAUGUCUAGAAUUCUCGAAAACAAUUGUAACACCCACUAUCAAAAAUUGAAUAAAUUUAAAAUAUCACUUCUGUAAUUGGCGAUUUUUGCACUUGAAAUAAAUUGUCAUGUGUUAAUUUUUUGUUUGCAAUAAAUAAAUUACCAGUUUUGUUAAUAUAUUAAGUUGUAAUGAAUGCAAUAAAGAUGUAAUAAAUGUA